AUGGGCCUGGCCCCAGAUAGGGAUCCCGAGAGGACGAGCACCCACAUGAUCUCGGCGGAUGAUGCCGAGUACCCACGGGAAUACCGGACCUUGGGCAACGGCACCCGACGCUUCUCCAACGUAGGGCUGGUGCACACCUCGGAGCGCCGGCACACCGUCAUCGCUGCCCAGAGCCUGGAGGCUCUCACCGGGCUCCAGAAGUCAGAGAUGGAGCGCAAACGGGAUGCCUUCAUGGACCACCUGAAGAACAAGUACCCGCAGCAUGCGCUGGCGCUCCGGGGACAGCAGGAGCGCAUAAGGGACCAGCAACCCAACUACUGGAGCUUUAAGACAAGGAGCUCCCGACACUCCCAGGGCUCCCAGCCCGGCUUGGCUGAUCAAGCCAAACUCUCCUUCGCUUCGGCCGAAUCCCUGGAAACCAUGUCGGAAGCGGAGCUGCCCUUGGGGUUCAACAGGAUGAACCGGUUCCGGCAGAGCUUGCCCCUGUCCCGGUCCACCAGCCAGACAAAGCUGCGAUCACCAGGUGUCCUUUUCCUGCAGUUUGGAGAUGAGACGAGGCGCGUCCACAUCACCCACGAGAUCAGCAGCAUGGACACCCUGCACGCCCUCAUUGUCCACAUGUUCCCCCAGAAGCUCACCAUGGGGAUGCUGAAGUCUCCCAACACUGCCAUCCUCAUCAAGGACGAGUCGCGCAACGUCUUCUACGAGCUGGAGGAUGUGCGCGAUAUCCAGGACAGAAGCAUCAUUAAAAUCUACCGGAAAGAGCCGCUCUACGCCUCCUUCCCAGCCUCACACAUCGCCAACGGCGACUUGAGGAGGGAGAUGGUGUACACCUCCAGGGAGUCAUCUCCUACCCGCCGGCUCAACAACAUGUCCCCAGCUUCCCACCUUGCGUCCGGCUCGCCUCCGCCGGUGCUCCAGUCGUCCUCCCCGUCCCGCUCCCGCAUGUCCUACAGCGGGGGCCGCCCACCCUCCUACGCCGGGAGCCCCGUCCAUCACAGCGAGCGGCUCUCCAGCUUGCCCCCGGCCCAGGGCGUCUCGCCCAGCCCCAGCGCCAUCCUGGAGCGCCGGGAUGUGAAACCAGACGAGGACCUGGCUGGGAAGAACGUGGUGCUGGUGAAGAACGAGGGGCUCUACGCUGAUCCCUAUGGCAUGGUGCACGAGGGCAGGCUCAGCAUCACCUCCACUCAGUCCCUGGCUGGCAUGGGAGACCCUUUUGGCUACUCGGGGGGGCUGUACAAGCGAGGCUCAGUUCGCUCUCUCAGCACCUACUCGGCGGCAGCCUUGCAGACGGAGCUGGAGGAUAGCCUGUACAAGCCCAACGCGCCCAUUUACAGCGACACGUACGGCCCCGGGCUGGGCUUCCGCAUGCCCCCGUCCUCCCCGCAGAAGAUGGCAGAGGGGCGGCUGGUGGACGUGCAGCCGGGGCAGAGCCCGCACAGCCCCUACUCGGGACCCCCCAGCCGCUCCUCGCCCGUCCGGCAGUCCUUCCGCAAGGACUCCUGCUCCUCUGUCUUCAUGGAGAGCCCCGUCAACAAGCCGCGCAACCCCAGCGCCUCCGGCCCCCCUGAGCUCUUUCCUGGCCCUGGCGAUCGCCCGCUCUCAGGGUUCAGCUCCCCUGGACCAGCUAAGGAUACAGAAACGAGGGAGCGGAUGGAGGCAAUGGAGAAGCAGAUUGCCAGCCUGACUGGGCUGGUGCAGAGCGCACUGCUCCGUGGCUCCGAGGCUGAGACCCCCAGCGAGAAGACAGAAGCCACUAAUGGUGGGACUCCACCAUCAGCAUCGACCAGCCGCAGUGGCAUGGGGACGCCGGUGCCCGCUCCCCCGCCGCCCUCUGCCACCAGCACUCCGGCGGGACAGCCCACAGCCAUCACCCGCUUGCACAUGCAGCUGCACCUCCACGACCUGCAGCAGAACACCAGCGACCUCCGCAACCAGCUGCAGCAGCUCAAGAAGCUGCAGCUGCAGAACCAGGAGAUGGUGAAGACGAUGCUGCGCCGGACGGAGACGGAGAUCAGCGUGCGGGUGACAGACACCAUGCGCAAGCACGAGGACCCUCUGCAGCGCCAGCGCAGCUUGGUGGAGGAGGAACGGCUGCGCUACCUCAACGAGGAGGAGCUCAUCACACAGCAGCUCAAUGACCUGGAGAAGGCAGUGGAGAAGAUCCAGAAGGAUUUGGCCCACAACCACCGGCUCAUCCCCGUGCAGGAGCUGGAGGAGAAGGCAGUGGUGCUCAAGCAGCUGGGAGAGACACUGACAGACCUGAAGGCCCAGUUCCCCAGCCUGCAAAGCAAGAUGCGGGUGGUGCUGCGGGUGGAGGUGGAAGCUGUCAAGUUCCUGAAGGAGGAGCCGAACCGCCUCGAUGGUCUGCUCAAGCGCUGCAAGACAGUGACAGACACCCUGGCCCAGAUCCGCAGGCAAGUGGACGAGGGCGUGUGGACCUCUCCCAGCAACCUCAGCCAGUCCCCCAAGAAGGUGGCCCCUGAGACAGACUUCAGCAAAGGGCUGGAUCUGGAGAUGCCCACCAGCCCCCCAGUGAACCUCCACCACCUGACAGCUGUCACCGAGACCCUGGGCAUGCCCAGCUUUGGGCACAGCCCCCCUCAAACCCAGACCCACCCCUCCAAGAGCAAUAACCCUUCUCGAGCUCCCGAGAUGGUCCCUGCCAAGACCCAGACAGGCCCGGAGACCCCCAGCAAGAAGAGCGCAGACAAAGCCGUAUCUGUGGAGGCUGCCGAGCGGGACUGGGAGGAGAAGCGGGCAGCACUGACCCAGUACAGUGCCAAGGACAUCAACCGGCUCCUGGAGGAGACACAGGCCGAGCUGAUGAAGGCCAUCCCUGACCUGGAAUUCGCAGCCAAGCACAAGCAAGCCACGGGCAGCAGCAGCACUGCCUCCACACCCGAGCACAAGCCCUCCAAGCCACAGCAUGCACCCAAGUCAGGAGGCAAAGGGGAUCCCAAUGGCCGCAGGGGCUCAGAUGAAUUGACAGUGCCGAGGUACCGGACUGAGAAACCCUCCAAAUCGCCGCCACCUCCCCCUCCACGCCGGAGCUUCCCCUCUUCCCACGGGCUGACCACAGCCCGCAGCGGUGAAGUCAUUGUCACCAGCAAGAAGGAGCCUGGUUUUAUGAAGAAGGCUGAGUCGGAGGAGCUGGAGACCCAGAAGCCCCAGGUGAAGCUGAGACGGACGGUGUCGGAGGUGGUCAGGCCAGCGUCCACCCCUCCCGUCAUCGCCUCUGCCAUCAAAGAUGACGAUGACGAGGACCGCAUCAUUGCAGAGCUAGAGAGUGGUGGAGUUUCCAUCCCAGCCAUGAAGGUGGUGAACCCGGCGUCCCGGCUGAAGCAGACCCAGCAGGGCACCCCUGACAAAGGCAAGCACAUAAAGCAGCGAAUGGAGUACAUGCGGAUCCAGGGCCAGCAGCAGGCCGCUAGACCAUCUAAAGAGGCUAGUGAGACUUCCCCCACGGUCUCAGAAAAACCUGCAUCUGGCAGAACAUCCAUCCCCGUAUUGACUUCCUUUGGGGCAAGGAACUCCUCCAUCUCAUUCUGA